AUGCUACAAAGCGCCAAGAUAAAAGCAAGUUGCACCAUUGGAGGUCUCCGUCAGCUGGCCCAUGCCGUGGCUCGACUGCUGCCGCUCUCGACCGCCAUCGACCCUCAGAUCAAUACCUCACUACUGCCGUUGAUUUUCUCGAAAGAUUAUGUCGACAAAGACGUGAGAGAUGAGUUACCUUGUUUCCCAUUUCCUUGUGGUGCCAUGGAACUCAUGGUUGUCCCCAUAAAAAAGGCGAGCUUUUAUUUUUUUAAUUAUUUGACAAUUUGUUUCGAAGAUUUUAGCUGA